AUGAGCAGAAGACAAACUGGUGGUAGGAGGAGGAGGGGUGGCAGCCACCGUAGGAACAGUCCGGUUGUAAAACCUACAAUAGUUCGGCUUCUUUUGUCAUUGGCUGUGUUGCGGGGUUGGUCAGUUCGGCUGUUGGACAUCCACAAUGCAUUCUUGAAUGAUGAUUUGGCUGAGACUGUGUAUAUGCGCCAGCCACCCGGUUAUGAGGACAAAACGUUGCCUAAUCAUGUGUGCUUAUUGCAAUGCUCGUUGUAUGGGCUUAAGCAGGCACCUCGUGCUUGGUUCACGCGGUUGCAUAAUUUUCUGGUAACGGUUGGCUUUACUCCAUCUAAGACUGAUGUGUCUUUGUUUAUUUAUUCUCACAGUGGUGUUCAACUCUAUUUUUUUGUGUAUAUGGAUGACAUCUUAGUCAUGAGUUCUGAUCUGGUUCGUGUAGCCGACCUUGUGGCUAAAAUGGCGUUAGAGUUCAAGCGGUACAUGAAGGACAUUCUUAAGCGAGCUGGCAUAGUUGACUGCAAGCCAAUCUCUACUCCUGUUUCUCUUGUUCGGUCUGAUGAUGCUACUCUGGUUCCUUUUGCUGACCCUACUCAUUAUCGCAGUUUAGGCGGGGCUCUCCAAUAUCUUACGCAUAUGCAUGCGCCUACUACUGCGGACUGGAGCAUGUUGAAGCGUGUGUUGCGUUAUGUGAAAGGCACUCUGGGUUUUGGUCUUCGUAUUCAGAAAUCUAUGUCUGUUGAUAUUCAUGCCUUCUCUGAUUCGGAUUGGGCUGGCAAUCCAGAUGAUCAAUAA